GCUUCAACGAUCCUAUAACUUCAAUUAGAAUCGUCAUUAAUCUAAGUAAAUCUUCUUCCACAGAUGUGCCUGACAGAAUGGAUCAGAUUACGCGACUACGUCGGGGGCCGGUCGCGCAAGGUACUGGGCUGGGAGAUCCCGGCGUGGGUGUGGGAGACCUACCAGGUCGUCGGUGUUUUCCUCUUCGGGUGCGCCUGCCAGCAGCUCACCACCGAUGUGGCAAAAUACACUAUAGGGAGACUGAGGCCGCAUUUCUUUGAUGUAUGUCGACCAGAUAUCGACUGCUCGCUGCCGUCGAACAAGUGGCGCUACAUCGAGACCUUCACGUGUCUCGGGGAGAAUGAGAAGCUGAAGAAGGAGAUGAGACUGUCCUUCCCGAGUGGGCACUCGUCUUUCGCAGCAUACACUAUGCUGUACUUCUGUAUGUACCUACAGAAGCGCUUCACCUGGCGCGGCUCGAAGCUGGUCCGCCACGGCAUCCAGUUCAUCCUCAUCAUGAUCGCGUGGUACACCUUCAUGACCAGGGUCUCGGACUACAAGCAUCACUGGAGCGACGUCCUCGCUGGCUGCAGUAUUGGACUGCUCUAUGCUAUUGUUAUUUUCUCGUUCGUAUCGAACCUCCGCAAGACUCCUCGCUCCCGGCAGCUGUCCCACGAGGCUGAGCUGCGAGCCACCAACGGGAACACCCGCGUGCAAGUCUGACAGUCAUCUCCCACCAGCUCCAGAUGUGAAAGCGAUGCAGAGGAACUAUGAUACGAACAGCCAACUGUCUCGUGGAUCUCUCAUGAGUACAUCGACGCAUGUAGGAUCCCGCGAGAACAGUCUCAGUGCCCUUUACCAAGUGAGUGACCUUUAGUGGUGACUUGUGAACUUAGAUAAUGGUGAAGCAUUGAUGGAUGUUAAUAGGUCAGUAAGUUUUUCGGUGUAAGAGAACUGUUUUAACGUUAAAGUGGAUGUAUUUGGAUAGUUACCGGAUACUUAGAUGGAACUUGAUUGUGAGAUGUUUUGGAGGUUUAUCACCUCUUAAAGUAAUGCUGUUGAAUUAGUUGCCUUGCACUUUACGGUGUCAAUCAGCAUCUUGCUUCCACAAAGACAAAAUCUCACUCUGAGAGUCAGAUGUAGGCUACACCUUAAACUAAUUUAAGGUCUAGUCCACAUCUGAUUAGGCUCAGUAUGAAACUUCUCAACGUCCUACAAUCAAGUUAAAUGUAUGAAGUCUUAAAACCAUGACAGUUAUAGCUUCAGUAACAGCUAAGCGAGUAGUACAAUCUUCUUUUGCACCAGCUAAAUCAGGAAAAGGGUUAUCGACUAGAACUCAUGGUUUUAAACCUUCAUAUUUCUUAAGUACUUCCCAAUCAGUGCAUUUUAUAUUCAAAGUCAAAAAGUGAAAUCUGAAUUCUUGUUGUGAACGUGUUAUAUAUUUAUUUUGGGUUUUUAAUUAAUACGCUUCUUUGAAUGUUAUCAGAUAAUUAUAUUUAUGAUAUUACUAUUAGAUAUUUAGAUACGUUACAAUCACGUUAUUUGAAUAGAUCGCACUUUUAAAUUUGUAAAAUAAUUAUGAACUGGACUGAAAAAAUACAUAUAAAAAAACUUUUAGGUUCUUUUAUAUGUAAUUUUUCGGGUAUUUUUAAUUAAGGAGGAGGGUGAUAUCUUCCUCGCAUGAGUACAAUCGAGAGAUGUUAAGAAGCUGUGAAGCUUUGUGUUCUCUGGUAGUUUGGAAGACAGGGCAGCUAUUUUGUAAUAUAAGCAUCAAUAUACUUAUAAUUUAGAGUAAUUGUUAUACAAUAUGUUUUAACAGAACUAAGUCGAAAUAAAAAGAGCUUUCGUCAAUGGAUAUGUCAACAUAAGAAAGACAUUUUGAUUCCGCAAAAAUGUUAAGUUAGGUCAUGCAAAAUAUAGGCAGCUAAUGAAAAAUUUAUAUGAGCAGCCAAAUCAUAUCAGCCCUUUAAAUCUUUUUAUAGCUUAAUGGCAAGACUGGGAUGGGGACUGCCAAGUCAGAAGUCUCGAGAUCGAUCCCAAGGCACUUAAGGCUAGCUUUGGCUGGCAGAUGCCUAGUCGCUGUAACCGAAAAUUAGUCCGAACAUUAAUAUCAUGUUAGUUAUAGGCAGCUUAGUUCUUAUUUGAGGAGAGCAUGAUUUUUCUCUACAAAAUUUUUCCUAUCCAUUAACGAGGUGUUUUAGAUGAUCGCCGUGGUCUGUUUAAACAUGCUGUAUAAAACAUUAGGAGGAUUGUGCAAUGUUGUAUAAAGGUAUAUAACAAAUGUAUAUAAUAUUAUAUUAUUGGGUACUAUAAGUAUUGUUACAGUACUUUGAUUUAGUUUUAAGAUAUAUUUAACUCGAGCCGAUUGGAUCUGGCUUUCGGCAGCUAAGUUAUUUUAAGUGUUUGAAUCGGCUUUUGUUGGCUGGGUCGACUUUCGUUGACUUAAGUCGGCUUCGACUUUUAGCGUUUGUUGCGUGUUUUAAUGUUAACCCCGACUGGCUUUGAGGUUUUUGAAGCCUCAUUUUUUUGAUACGUAUAAGUAAAUAUUGACUCGCAGAUAAUUCGCUAAAUAUUUUUCUUAUAUUUUAAAUGUGAAUUUAUUACGUUGAUAUUAUUUCGAAAAUGCUUGGUCCUAUAUAUAUUGUACAGUUGUAAACAGAACUGGGUUUUGAUAUGUAUUGCUAGCCCAAAACUAAAAUGGGUGAAAAAUCAGCGAAAAUCGUUGUAAGUGUUAACAUUAAUGUACAUAUUUUAAAAAGUACAAUUUAACUUGGUAUUUUUCAUUCGCUAUUAUUGUUCUUGAAGCACACUUUUCAGAUAAACAGUAUGCUAUUGCUACAGGUUCACUUUAAGGGCAAUUUUCAAACUGCAGUUUUUUAAGAUAAACUGCAGUUUUAAAAUAGCUGCAUGAAAAUAAUACGGCUGAUUUUAAGUUUUUGUCUAUAUAAGAGUGCAUUUAAUGCAGUUUUUAAUAAAAAAGAGGUAAACUACGAGUCGACUUUAUGCCUAUUUGCAGCCAACUUAACGAACACUACUUAGUUAAAAUUAGGUAAAAAAUGCUUCCUUUCAAACAGUCAAAUAUAAUGCAUCUUUUAAAAUAAUAAUUAAGUCAGUAAGUACAUAAGGAGUUUUAUUUUACGUUGUACAGUAAUUCAAUCAUUUGUUGUAAUACUUAAAGAAUAAUCGACCUUGUGACCCCAAGUUUAAGGUUUAUUUUCGACUUUCUGCAGUUUUACUGCUGAUGUUUGGUUUACUGUAUUACUGUAAUAUGAAUUUCUUUUUAAGUUAUAUAGUUGCACAUUUUUAUGUGAUAGUACAACUUAUUUUAAGGUAAUUUUAUGAAAAUAUCACAUGUAUAUUGUUUUUUUUCCAAAUUGUUAUGAAUUUUAAAACUAUGUUCUACAGCUUGAGUCAAUUGUGUCAAGGGAAAGCAAAGGAGACUAUAUUUUUUAUUUAUUUAUUUGAUGAACUAGGCUUUUGUCUGAAAACUUCUAAAAAUUAUUGGAUUUUAGUAAUUCUCUGACAAAGUUAACACACCUAUUUUUCAUAUUUUUUUUAUAAAAACCAUUUAUUUUAUUCCGUAGGUGAAAUUACUUUAGUAAAGAAUUUUUUUAUCUAAAUCACUCCAAUUUAAUGUGUAAUUCAAAGCCUUAAAUUCUACUUUAGAUUGGAUGCAGGGCUGCAUGAACUAACACAGAAUUUGAAUCUUUAUUAAAACCGAUUAAAGUCUUAAAUUGAAAGCUUGACAACGUUGACUUACUGUAGAUAUAGUGACACUGUAAAAUACAAAAGUAAAUAUUUAUUCGCAGCUCAUUUAUUAAUGUUAGUCUCGAAGACAAUUGUAACGUAUUUUUUUAUACUGUGAUAUAGGCGUUUUAAUGGAAGGAAACAAAGAUCUGGGGCCUGUCAUGUCUAAAGUGAGAUUCUGCAGAUGUGAAACUGAGACGGCGCUCUAUACAGUGUAUAAUGGCGUCUCUAUUUCAGAAUUGCAACUUUCUUAUUUCAAGGACUGUAUUGCCCCCUGAGGUGUUUAUGGAUGGUUGGUCGAUUGUAAUAACUGCCACUGGAUUUUCGAACUUAUUGUCUGGAAUAUAAGGUCUUAAAAAAUACAUUCUACCUACUCAAAAAUAACAGAGAUGUCAUAAUACUGAUUAGUAACAAUUUAUUUAUUUAUAUCAAAAAUUUAGUACAACAGUUUAGCUGACAUACACACGUUCACUACUUUGACUUUGCUUUUAUUGUGAAGGCAUUAAGGUUCAUUUUUGCAACCCUUUAUCCAUAAUGUUUAGGCAAUACUUCGUUUAUUAUACUAUUUGGAGAUUUAUUGUAAAUCCUGCUCUAUCGACUAAUCAUCUGUUUCCUCAUACAAAUACCCAUAAAGAAUUAGUUUUAGGUCCAAUUAGGUGCUAGAUAAGUGUAAUAUAGUAUAAACUUUAUUUUUACUCCUAGUGACAUCAAUGUCAAGUUUUAAACAUAUUUUUAAGAGAAUGACUUGUUUAUAAUGUUUUUUUAUGUAUAAUAGAACUUUAAACGCACUGCCUUUAGAUAUCUUGAUGUAUUCUAGCUUUGAGGCAGCUAUUUAUUUACUUUUUUUUUAAAUGUGGUUAAAAGUUUAUAAAGCAUAAUAAAUCUGUAUAAAGUG